GAGGUGGGGGGCGGGGCGAAUGCAGAACUCUCACUGUUGCUCUGAGUCUGCGCGCAUGUUCUGCAGCGUCUGAUCCCGGUGUGAGGAGACUGCAUUCACAUUUCUCCGCCUUUUUUCCUGCUCGAAAUGGCAUCGCCGGAGGAUGUCGGAGCGAGAAGGCAAACGUUUUAUGAAAUCGAGUGUGUAAUAGAAGAUUGCGACUCUGAAGUUGGAUACAAGCCUCUGUCAGACAGCGAUGAGCUCGACGAUUCGGCGGAGGAGGAGGAACCGCGGGAAGAAGAUAUUGAUUCUUCUGAAGAAUGGGAGCCUCUCAUGCGUUCAAAACUAAAGAGGCACGCAUCCUCCUCGCCUUCAUCGUCCUUACCACGGCGAAGAGGACGGCCGCCUAAAACUGCUUUGAAUCCCUCCUCAAUGGCACCAGUGAUGGGCAGCAUGCCUAGAACCACCCCAGCUAUCUCUUUACCUCGACGGAGAGGCAGACCUCCUAAAGACAAAUCUAAAGUCAAACUCUUUCCUAAACCCUCCCUGUAUCCCACAAUAGUCCCUAAACCCCCACCUUUUGCCACACUAAUCCCUAAUUCUGCAUCCGGCAUUAAAUUUGGCCCUAAUACUACACCCACGUUUACACUUGGAUCUAAUUUCACUCCUAUAACCCUUUCCAACCCCACAUCCUCCAUUAAGCUAGACCCUAAUUCUACACCCAUACUCAUCCAGAAUCCCACAUCCACUUUUAAACUCAGCCAAAACUCCACUUCCACUUUGAAUUCGGCACCGAUAGCCACACUCAUCUGUACACCCACAUCAACAGGGCUGCUGUUAGAUGCUGACACCAACGAGAUCAAAACAUUGAAAGAGGAGAAACCAUGGGAAGACAAUGUGGAUGCUUCUGAAGAAUGGCCAGUUUCACUAGAAGAAAGCCUAGAGUGUUCAGAAUCACCGAAUGCAAAGAGGCAGCGACUCUCAUCCACAUUCCCUCCAGCCGUUAUGCUACAACAGACAGUCGAACACACCUCAAAAAUUACCCCUAGUCCUCUGCCUGAACUUGCACCUAUAGCCACUUCUGAUCAUGCACCCAUCUCUCAAACCACCACUAUAUUCAGCUUUCAACCCAUUCCCACAACUAUCAAUGAACCCUUGACCUCUAUCCCCGUCACUGAAACCACACCCAUCCCAAAACACAAACCCACCUGUGAUCCCAACCCUAAUCCUGCACCUAUCCAGCUUCGGGUCGACAGCGACAUCAACAGCGACCUUGAUGGCGACAUCGAUGAGAUGAGUGAUUCGGGAAGGGAAGAGGAGCUGUGGGAAGAAGAUGUUGAUUCUGGUGAAGAUUGGAAUCUUUUACUGGAAAGUCCAGAGCGAUCAAAAUCACCUGCGUCGGCUCAAUCACCACGGAGAAGCAUCCCACCUACACCUACCUCACCACGAGGCAAACUCUCUAUAUCCACCUCUGAACUUUCUCCUGAAGCCACACCCACCAAUGAAGCCACCAUUCACCCUGCUCUGGAGGCCACACCCACCACUGAAGCCACCAUUCAAAUUGCUCCUGAAGCCACACCCACCACUAAAGCCACCAUUCAAUCUGUCCCUGAAGCCACUCCCACCACCGAAGCCACCAUUCAGCCUGCCUCUGAAGCCACUCCCCCAACCACCCAUAAUUCCUCUCUUGAAGCCACACCCAUACCUAGUCCAGCACCCACAUUACCGCGACGGAGAGGCCGGCCUCGUAAGCAUGCUUUAAAACCCACCCUCACACUUGAACCUGCUCCUACAGCCACCCCUAAUCCGACACCGGCUGCUGAUUCUACUCCCAUAGCCAUCUCAGAUCCCACCCUAACAUUAAGUUUGGUGCCCGCAUUCUCCACCAAUUCUGAACCCAAUCCAGAACCUGCAACUACCUCUAAAGCCAUCCCUCAACCGACUUCUACUGGAGAGAAAUCAAAGCCUGACGCAACUUCUUAUUCACUGAGGCAAGCCAGAGGCAGGUCGUCUUCUGCCUUGGAUUCACCCUGGAUGAAAGUUGUAAAUGACAGUAAGCCAGACAAGUGGCUUGACAUCAACAAUGAGGAUGAGGAACCGGUACUUCCGAUUUUCUCCCCCAAGCAUCCUCCAGGUCCCCAGCUCAUGGCAGACUCAACGUAUACACCCUUACAGUUGUUCCAAUUGUUUUUCACCAGCUCUACCGUCAAGACAAUCGUCAGAAACACUAAUAGCAAUGCCGAAAAGAGAGCAAAAUCUGGAAUGAAGUUUCUCUGGGUACCUCUAACCGUAGCCGAGUUCUACUCGUAUGUGGCGAUAGUUGUCUACAUGGGUCUAGUGAAAGCGAAGUCUAUUGCGGACUACUGGGCACGAAAGCGGAUGUACAAUUUCCCCUACCCGCAAUCUGUCAUGUCCCGAGCAAGGUUUCAGGCCAUCUCCUGGAAUCUUCACCUUUGUGAUCUUCAGAAAGAUGAGGAGAACAACAAAAAGAAAGGCACCCCUGGUUAUGACAGACUGCUCAAAAUCAAGCCUCUGUAUACAGACGUUCUUUUGGCGUGCAAGACACACUUUCACCCCAACAGAGAGAUUUCGGUAGACGAGAGAAUGGUUGCUACCAAAGCUAGGAUUGGCCUGAAGCCAUAUAUGAAUGACAAACCAACUAAGUGGGGUUACAGACUAUUCGUUCUUGCAGAUUCGUCAUGCGGGUACACCUGGAAUUUCUUCGUUUAUGAAGGAAAGACUUCUACGUCGUCGGGUAAAGGUGUCGGGUAUGAUUCUGUAAUCAGACUAGUGGAUCACAAAGCCCUUGGAAAAGGUUAUAGGUUAUACACAGACAAUUUCUACACCAGCCCGACUCUUUUCUUGGAUUUGUUGCAGAACGAUAUCCUUGCUUGUGGCGCUUUGCGUCAAACCUCCAGUUUACCGGAGACCAACGACCUGAGUGGAAGAUCUGAAAGAGGAUCCGUCCGCUGGUGUCGACAAGGUCCUCUUCUGUUUGUCAAAUGGAUGGUUGCGAGAGAAGUCCUCAUGUGUUCCACAAUUCACAAGGCGUUCACGGGGGAUUCAGUCACCAGGAACACCAAGGGUGCCGAUGGUGUGUGGAAAACACGUCAAAUCCCUGUUCCAUCUGCUGUGAAGGACUACAGCAAAUAUAUGGGAGGUGUUGAUCUCUCGGAUUCCCUUAUAGAGUAUUAUAAUGUCCUCCAGAAGACCACAAAAUGGUACAAGAUCUUCUUCUUCCAUUUUCUCGACAUCGCAGUGGUCAACAGUUUCAUCCUUCACCAACAUUUGGCGAAAGCUCAGAACAAGAUCCCUCUCACCCAUAAAUUGUUCAGGGAAACGCUUGUGUCCGAGUUGGCACGUGCUGGCCGAGGCAAGAAUCCUUCUGCACCUGCUGCCAAAGAUCCCUCAACAUCCACGUCUAAAGAGUCCGCUGCCACAAGCAAGUCGCCACAUGUGCCUUCUACCCCUGUUGAAUCGAACAUGUACUUACCGUCUGAUGCAGAGUCCUCUCCCCCACCCUCGCCUGCCCAGACGGAGCAGUGCUUUCCAGAGUAUUUUGGUUCAGAUGCUACACAUGGGAGGAGAGUUUGUGUCAUGUGCAAACUACAAGGAAAUAAAGUCAAGACUCCCAUAUACUGCUCCCACUGCAAGGUGGCAUUGUGCUUCGUUUCGUCACGUAACUGCUUCAAGAAAUGGCACAUAGAUGGACAUCCAGGAGAUUUGUAGAUAUGUUGCAUGUUUAGUGUUUUUUGGGGCCUUUAAUGACCACUUUUUCAUUUUGUAUGAACUUGUACAUUACUUGUUAUAGGUAUAACUCUAUUAAAUACAACUAAAACAA